AUGGAUUUUCCUACAGGCGUGGAGAAUCCAUAUGGUUACUAUGAUGAACAGCAAGGGGGAUAUUACGAGGAGUGCUAUAGCUAUGAGCAUGGGGGAUCAUACUACGACCCAAACUGCUCUGAUUACUUCGACGAUGCACAAGAUUACUGUUCUGAUAAUUAUUCUGAAAUAUGUGCAGGUAUGGAGGAUCAACCCCGCUCCAAUUGGGAGGAUCUGUUAGAAAUCUGCAUUGCUGAAGUUCUCGAACAUAGAAAGGUGACGAAUCAGAGGCUGGAGAAUUUGGAAAAGAAUACAAGCUUCUUGGAAAGAGGAUUGGAAAACCUCGUCACUCAAGUCGGGAUGUUGGAAUUCAACAUUGGUAUCCUAGCCACAGCCAUAGGAAGCAAACACACUCCGAGGAUGCUUCCUAGCUUGCCGGAAAUAAACCCGAAAGGAAAGUGUCAUGCGGUGCAGUUGCGCAGCGGGACCACAUAUCAACCUCCGGAGGCAGGAGAUCUAGGCAGGGGAAGAAGGGAGACAGAAAAGUCGCCCAGCAACAAGUCUGUCGAAGACGUGCGGCGGCCCGCCAGCUACCCCCAGGAGGUCGAGACAGAUUCUGGAACAGAUACUGAUGAAGUCCCGGCGGCCGCCAUACCCCAUUGCGGCGGUCCGCCGGUCGAGAGGCAGCAGUCAGACGUACCACCACACAGCAGUGUCACCAUCCCUUAUCCUCAACGAUUGAAGAGCAAGAAGCUUGACGCCCAGUUUGCCAAAUUUUUGGAAGCAAUGAGCAAGGUCCACAUCAACAUCCCACUAGUGGAAGCCCUACAACAAAUGCCCAAUUAUGCCAAAUUUUUGAAAGAUGUGGUAGCCAAGAAAAGAAAGUGGAGAAAGUACGAGACAGUGGGUUUAACAGAGAACUGCAGCGCUAUCAUCCAAAAGGGAUUACCCACUAAACACAAGGAUCCAGGGAAUUUUACUUUAUCUUGUGUUUUAGGGAAUGAUGUGAAAGGUAAAGCAUUGUGUGAUCUCAAAUCUAGUAUUAAUUUGAUGCCUUUAUCUUUUUACAGGAAACUUGAUGUUGAUAACAUCCGCCCCACCUCAACCACAUUGCAAAUGGCAGAUCGGAGCACAACUACACCAAUGGGAAUAGUGGAAGAUGUCUUGGUAAGAGUUCGAGAAUUUAUUUUCCCAGCUGAUUUUGUUGUGUUAGAUAUGCAGGAAAACAAGAAGGUGCCUUUGAUUCUUGGAAGGCCAUUUCUAGUUACUGGGGGAGCCAUGAUAGAUGUAAAGAAGGGAGAGCUGACAUUGAAGUUACACGAUGAAAGCAUCACAUUCAACAUCUACGAUGCCCUGAAAUUCCAUGGAAAUGAGGGAGCAGAAGGCUAUCAAGAAUGUAGUGUCAUCCAAGUCGUCACCGAUUGUGAGGGAGAAGUGGAAGUCACUUAUCAUCAGAUCCAGGAUCCUCUUGAAUCUUGUCUCAUAAAUUCUUUCACACCUAGUGCUGACUUAUCUUCUUGUGAUGCUAAUGUGUGUGCUAUAGUUGCAGAAUUGGAAGUGUUACCGGAAAGAAUCCCUCAAAAGGGGAAUUCGUUCUUGCCGUUACGCACCCCCGAAGAAGAGGCAGAAAGGAAGAAAGCAGUGGGGAAGCCAAGGGGACCGCCAAAGGUAAAGCUGAAGCCACUCCCUCGAGCAUCUCAGGUGGGAUAUGAUUACUACUGCUUUCUUGAUGGUUAUUCUAGUUAUAAUCAAAUUUCAAUUGCUCCCGAAGAUCAACAUAAGUCUGCUUUUACAUGUCCUUAUGGUGUUUAUGCUUAUAGGAAGAUGUCUUUUGGCUUGUGUAAUGCCCCUGCUACUUUUCAGAGAUGCAUGAUGGCUAUAUUUCAUGACUUGAUUGAAAAAGUGAUGGAGGUUUUUAUGGAUGACUUUUUUGUGUUUGGCAAAUCUUAUGAUCAUUGUCUUGAGAAUCUAGCUAAGGUUUUGCAGAGAUGCUUAGAAACUAACCUCGUUCUCAAUUGGAAAAAAUGUCACUUUAUGGUGAAAGAAGGUAUAGUUCUACGGCAUAAAGUGUCUUCUAAAGGGAUAGAAGUCGACAGGGCGAAGAUUGCAGCCAUUGAGAAACUCCCACCUCCAUCCGAUGAAAAGAGAGCUUUUAAGACCUUGAAGAGAACUCUAGUAAGCGCUCCCGUUCUCAUCACACCAGAUUGGAGCCAACCAUUUGAAAUUAUGUGCGACGCAAGUGAUAUUGCAGUUGGCUCAGCUUUGGGGCAGAAGAGGGACAAGAUUUUUAGAGAAAGGGAGAUGCUUGCUAUCGUGUAUUCCUUUGACAAAUUUAGAGCUUAUCUUGUUGGGACUAAAACUAUUGUUUAUACUGAUCAUGCAGCUAUUAGGCACUUGUUUGCAAAGAAGGAUGCAAAGCCCAGGCUUAUCCGAUAG